AUAAACCACUAAAAAAAAAUUCGCAGAAAAAAAAUAUAAAAUUAAAUAAAGAAAAGCAAAAAAAAAACAAAAGUUGGUGCCAAAGUUGCCUACGAGUGAAAGAAAAAUAAAUUAAAAUAAUUUGGAGUGAAACGAAAACACGAAAAAAAAAACAGAAAAUUGUUCAAAUAAAUUUCCAAUAAAAUGACCGCUGAAACCCUAAAGCCAUUUUUGUCACUUACGAACGGAAACAUGUUGACACCGGGCAACAACGACGCCACCGACACCGAUGGCAAACGCAGCAAAACAACGUUUCUCCUGUUCCUUUUCGCUGGACUCGUGUUGAUAUUUACCGUUACGGUGCUAAGUUUGUUGAUCAUUUAUAUCGUGAAAGUGAAUGAUUUGGAGAAGAAAGUUGGCGAGAUCGAGCAUAAAUUGGUAGAGACAAGAAAACAUUUCAGAUUUGCGGAAUAUGAUGAACUGAAGGAUUUGGACGAUUUUGAAGAUACGUACAACCGAAACCGUCAUGUGGACGAUGCCAAAGACGAGAGACGAUUGUAUGGCAAGGAGAAAAAUGUUCCCGAAGAAUAUGACGACGAGACAUUUUUAGAUGAGGACUUUGGAAGUGGCGAUUACGCCUACGACGAUGAAGACGAAGAUGAUAGCUUGGAAUUGUACAGCGACGAGAACGACAAUGAGAAGAAAAUUAGCGAAGAAAGUGAUAAAAAUAAUAUUUAUGAUGACAUUCUGAAGAGUGAAUUGAAAAGAACUCGUCAUCGUCGCGCUUUAGCUGGAUUAACACGUCAAGGAGUCCCCAUAAUGGAAGAAUCGUACUUGGAACGCCGAAAUCGCACAUCAAACGAAUAUUUGGAUCCCUUGUUGACCUCUAACCGACCACGUAUGAAGUUGGAUUGGAAUGAUGCAAACCAUCCACGCCGCUACCAUCAUCAACAAUCGCACCACAAUGCACAUGAAAUCCACAACCAACAUCACGCUGCGCUUCCAGUUCAUCACAAACACCGACAAGAUGACAAAAUUGUCCUUACCGAUCGCAACGGAGUACCACGAGGUUACGCUCAGGAGUCAAUUCAAGCCCCCGUGGAAUACGCCAUGCCUCCAGUUCGCCCAAUAACCGCAGCAAAAGCUGGAAAACCUCGAACUGCUUUACAUAAAUUCGCUGUUCAGCUUGUUCGAGACCCUCGGAUUACUUCGCAGCAUGGGCAUCAUGUCCGUCAAGGCAUCAUUUACAACGAUUGGAUGGUCAAGCAAUCGCAUAACAUGCCGCACAUUCAUCACUUUAUGAAAAUCGAUGCUGGUGUCGUCAAAAUUAAAGUCGAGGGAUUGUAUUAUGUGUAUGCUCAGAUUUCAUACGAUUCUAACAUGAACACCAACAGUUUCGUGAUCGAACGAAAUCAAUCGCCCGAGUUGCAGUGUUCGUUGUCGCCGACAAUCUAUCCGAAUCCAAGUACUUGCUUCACCGCAGGCACGCUCUAUCUCAAGAGUAACGACAUGAUCUACGUCAAAGAUCUGAAUAGUCACAAAAGUAACAUUAAGGAUCCCCAUAAAUCGUAUUUUGGUAUCAUAAAGUUAGCGUAAAAAUUUUUUUUUUCAUCAGAAUUUAUUUAAAUGUGCCAAGGAAAAAGUUGAAUAUUUAAAAACAAAAAAAAAAGUUAGGAGAUAAGUUAAAACUACAAUUUUUAUAGGAGAUAAGAUAAGCAGAUAAGGUAUUAU